AAAACGACUAUGAGAGAUAAAAAAUGAGGUGUCUAAUCUUGACCCUCGGUCUGCUGGUUUCGGUGCAAGGACCUACCCGAUGUACGGCCGAUCACAGGACACACGAGAAUCGUGCAUCAGAGCCGCUCGAUCGAGGACCAUACUUUGAUGUUUCGGUCUCUCGCAACGUGACAGCCCUUGUCGGGAAAACAGCGACGCUGAAUUGUCGAGUGCGAAAUUUAGGUGACAAAACGGUGUCAUGGGUGAGACACAGGGAUAUCCAUCUUCUCACCGUGGGCGUCGAGACAUACACGUCGGACCAGAGAUUCGUUGCGUCGCAUUUUCCUCAUACGGAGGACUGGACGCUACAAGUGAAAUACCCUCAACGACGAGAUUCUGGCACAUACGAGUGUCAAGUGUCCACGACACCACCCAUAGGUCAUUCCAUGCUUCUCUCCGUCGUCGAGCCAGUGACGAUAAUCAUCGGAGAACCAGAAAUGUACAUAAACAAGGAUAGCACUAUGAACUUGACCUGCGUCGUGCGACAUAGUCCUGAGCCACCCUUGGUUAUUUACUGGACUCACGAUCAUGAGGUGAUCAAUUAUGACAGUCCGAGAGGCGGAGUAUCGGUUAUCACGGAGAAGGGCGAGGUUACGACAUCAUACCUUUUAAUUCAACGUGCUCAACCGGCAGACAGCGGACAAUACACCUGCCAUCCCAGUAAUGCUAAUACAAAGACAGUCUUAGUACAUGUACUUAAUGGGGAACAUCCAGCUGCGAUGCAGCACGGCGGACAGCUCAGAUUAGCCAAUUUACCUUUUGUAAUGAUCUCGACGACGCUUUUGACCUUCUUGAAUCAUCCAUAUUAGACGUAGAGCUGGACCAUCGUUAGUUAGAUACGUUUCUUUCAAUUUUUCUUUCGCACUUCAACCGUUUGAUUUUUCCUCUCACGCAACACUCUA